AGCUCCAGGCCGUAGCCUAAAACCCUAACACAAGCGAUUCCCAUUACCUUUCGCGCUAUUUUUGGCUGCCAUACGCAUAUCGUGAAUAUCAAAACCAAUGGCCGGCGGCAAGAUCAAGAAAGAGAAGCAAAAGCCUACACGAGCGCCGUCGAAUCACUACCAAGGAGGCAUUUCCUUCCACAAAUCGAAGGGUCAGCACAUCCUCAAAAACCCCUUACUGGUGGACACCAUAGUCCAGAAAUCAGGAAUCAAGAGCACCGAUGUUAUUCUCGAGAUCGGUCCCGGUACCGGAAAUCUUACCAAAAAGCUCCUUGAAGCCGGUAAAAUGGUUAUUGCUGUUGAACUUGACCCCCGCAUGGUUCUCGAGCUCCAGCGCCGAUUUCAGGGCACUCCUUUAUCUAAUCGAUUAAAGGUCAUCCAGGGUGAUGUGCUCAAAACUGAUCUUCCUUAUUUUGAUAUAUGUGUGGCGAACAUCCCUUAUCAAAUCUCCUCUCCCCUCACAUUCAAAUUACUGAAUCACCAGCCUUCUUUUCGGUGUGCCAUUAUAAUGUUCCAGAGGGAAUUUGCAAUGAGACUUGUUGCCCAACCUGGAGACGCUCUGUAUUGCCGUCUAUCCGUGAAUACUCAGCUUUAUGCUAGAGUGUUCCACCUCCUCAAAGUUGGAAAGAACAAUUUCAGGCCUCCGCCUAAGGUGGAUUCCUCUGUAGUUCGAAUUGAACCCAGGAAACCACGUCCCCAAGUGAAUCCCAAAGAAUGGGAUGGAUUUAUAAGAAUUUGUUUCAUUAGAAAGAACAAGACUCUUGGUUCAAUAUUCAGAAUGAAAAAUGUCUUAUCUUUGCUGGAAAAGAACUACAAGACCCUGCAGGCAUUACAACCUUCUCAAAUUGGUUCGUCUGAGGGUAAUGAUGCUGGGAUGGGUAUUUCUGGACUGGGAGAUUAUAAGGAGGAUCAGAGCAUGGACUUGUAUGAUGGAACAGAUGAUGAGAUGGAGGUAGAGGAUGGUGAUGCAGAUGCUGAGGUGUCUGAAUUCAAAGAAAAAGUUUUAGCUGUGUUGAAAGAGAAAAACUUUUAUGAGAAGAGAUCCUCUAAACUCUCACAAGAGGAGUUUUUAUACCUGCUCUCUCUGUUCAAUGUGGCUGGCAUACACUUCUCGUGAUCAUUUGAGGCCUCAAUGUUACCCUUUUCCAUUUUUUUCUUUCAGAAAUUUUUAUGAAGUUUGCCCCAAUUUUGUUUUGUUUGGUUAACCCAAAAUCUUAUUUAUAAAAUCCUGUAAUUUAGUUUUGGGGCUGAGAAUAGUUCCCAUUGCUUGCUUGAAGGGACUUAAAUGGAAAUAUGGCAGUUAAACUCUGAAGUUCAGAGAGCCUA